AACCAUGCAUCAUCUCAACUCAACAUCAACAUUAUAGAUCAAUACAUAAUCAGCGAGCAGAGCACAGGGCGCUACUCUCGCGCAUACUCAAUAUCGGAAUUAGAAUCCAUAAUCGGCCCCUUCCGCAUGUCCCCACUCGGUCUCAUACCGAAACCAAACUCCAUGAAGUUCAGACUCGUGCAGGACAUGUCCUACCCUCGCGACAAUCCUGAGAAUCCUUCCGUCAACAUGGGAAUAGACCCAGACGCAUUCCCAACAGAAUGGGGAACGUUCGACAGCGUCGUCAACUUGAUCCUUUCACUGCUCGACAGCUGCAUCGCAGCAAUGUUCGACAUUGCAUCAGCCUACAGGAUCAUACCUGUACACCCCAGUCAACAAUGGGCUCUGUGCAUUCUUUGGCGAGAUUGAGUAUACAUCAACAGAGCCCUCAUGUUCGGACUGAGCUCCAGUGCAGGAGUAUUCAGCUCGGUAGCAGACAUGCUCGUCGCCAUUUACAAGAAAGCCGGAUUUGGUCCAAUUCGAAAGUGGGUGGACGACUUCUUCGUCAUCCACCUACCGCACCAAGAUUGGACAGAGGAAGAAUUCAUCGCCCUGUUGUCCGUUUUUGGGGUUCCAUGGAGCUUGGAGAAGCUGCGAGCCUUCACAGCUCGACAAUGCUACAUCAGCUUCAGCUGGGACCUCUGUUGCAAGCAUGGCUCACGAAAGGAGCUCGCUUCACGACAAUUGAAGCAGCGAGCUUGCACGGCAAGCUGGUCCAUAUUUCAUCGAUUUUCCCGCUGAUCCGCCCCUUCCUACGCUCAAUAGCCCUUUUCGCCAACAAAUUCAAAUUGCAGCGAGCACACCCAGAAACCAGUCGACCUCCUCUGGUGGGGCGACGUGAGUACUUCCUUCGGAAUAGGUGUAGUGGUAGGCUGACAUUGGGCAGCAUGGAAAUGGAAAGAGGGCUUCCUAGUAGGCUCAGGACACGAGCACAACAUCGGCUGGGCCGAAGCCACAGCCGUGGAACUGGGUCUGAGGCUCAUUAUCCACCUUGGCUUACAUAAGCGCCCAAACGUGAAGGGCCAAUCCUUAUUGGUUCAAUUGGACAAUGCUGGUGUCAUAAUAUCGAUAAACAAGGGCCGAUUGCGCAGCCAAGCCACGAACAUCGUACUCAAAGAAAUCUAUCUAUUGCAGGCACUCAACGGGGUCCAUCUCAAACUCGAACACGUCCCCAGCCAAAUCAACAUUUCAGAUCUGCUAUCAUGUGGCGACAUUCAAGCCUUCCUAGAUGGAUUUUCGGGCCCAUCAUGCAGAACGGACUUCCCACUCCCUUCACACCUCAGAGACAAGAUGUCAUUUGUUACAGCCUAAC